AUGUCAAGAGUAGAAAACAUAAUGGAAGAUAUUGCGAAGAUAUACGAUCUGCAGGAUGCUGGGCAUUCAUUUGCCAAUGCCACCGCACUAUUAUCAGUUAUAAAUAAGGAUUUUCCGAAGUUAUUGCAAACAUCCACGAGAGAGUAUCCUUUGCGUCAAGGUUUUAAAAAGAUUCUGAUCGACGGAUUAGUGCAAGCCAUUACCGUAGCUGUUUAUGGCGUGGAAGUUCAAAAUAUUCAGAGUUUUGUUGGUCGUAUAUCUGUAGCUGUAGUAUGCGCUGAUUUGUGGUCUGUUAAGGGUGGAAACAAAAAAGUACCGCAGCAUCUCAUUUAUAGAAAUAAAAAUGUGAACGUAGAACCGCGUCGCGUUAUAAAGAUCCAUAAUCUAGCAAACGUAUCUAAUUCGAGUCAGUACGAAGUGACCUACAUAAAUAAAGGUAACACGGACUCAAUAACAUCUAAUUACGACAUUGUGAUUAUCGCCGCACCACUUACCAGCGACCAAGAAUUUCAAAUAGAAUUCGUCGGAUUUCCAAACAGCUUGGUGUUUUCUGGAGACUAUCAGACAGUAUAUGUGACACUUGUCAAAGCAAAACUUAAUCUAACAUAUUUUGGUUUGCAACAGUCUAUAAAUAGUAUUCUAAGUUUUAAUCUCAACCAAACCAGGAUCAGUUUGUUUGAGAAAUCUGGUCUUGUUGACGAUUCAGUUAAGAAAUUUCCUCGAGUUUGGAGUAUAUGUAGCAAGGAACCUAUGGAGUCAAGUGCUAUACACGAAAGGUUUUCUCAUGUCAUCGAGAAAAAAGAAAUCGUUUGGAAAGCAUAUCCCCAGUACUCGACAAAUUUGUUGAAACCCAAUAAUUUCAAGUUACACGAUGCUUUGUAUCAUGUCAAUGCGAUGGAAUGGAUCGGAAGUGCAAUGGAAAUGAGUGCGAUUGCUGGAAGAAACGUCGCUAUUUUGGCAUACAAAGAUUUUCAGAAAUCACGGCUGUCGGACAGCCUUUCAACACAUUCUGAUAUUAAAAAAUUACGCAUGUCAGUAGACUUGUAGUGUGAUAAUAUUCUUGCUAUUAAA